UGUUUUCGUCCCGGCCAGUGAGAUAAAGUACUGCGAUCGAAAAUAUUUUCGUAUCUAAGCACUGCGUCUAAAAGCAGCACAGUUGGCAGCAGGUACACCUUGUACAGCAGUGCUGCAGUUCAGAUCGGAAAAAAAUCUACAAAAGUAGCCGCAGACGAAACGACGCUUCGUUGCUGUGGUUUUCGCUGCUGUUCGUGCGUCAAGCUUUCCGACUAACCGGCAGUUCUGUAAAUUUGUGCAACGGAUACUUUACUUUGUGCAAUUCGACUGCGCUUGCGGAAUCAUCACAACACCACUCUUAGUGGGAUAACGGGCAAUUAACGAUGGCUUUAAAAAUGGAAGAAUACCAUCAAGAUCCGAUGGUCCAGCUGGAGUUGGGUGGCAAUUCUGGUCUGGUUCUUCGUCGUCCUUUCGACCCGACGGCACACGAUCUAGAUGGAUCGUUCCGCUUAACCCGGUUCGCCGAUCUUAAGGGUCGUUGUUGUAAAGUCCCGAAGGAGGUGCUUGAAAAAUUAGUGUCCUCGUUGCAACAGGACUACAUGCAGGAUCCGGACCAACCUUACAUGCCAAUGUCCUCGCCCCGGAUUGGCAUCGGGCUGGACUGUUCGGUAAUUCCGUUGCGCCACGGAGGCCUGUGCAUGGUGCAAACAACAGACUUUUUCUAUCCGAUCGUCGACGAUCCCUACAUGAUGGGAAAAAUUGCGUGUGCCAACGUGUUGAGCGAUCUAUAUGCCAUGGGUGUCACGGAGUGCGACAAUAUGCUCAUGCUUUUGGCCGUCAGUACCAAGAUGAUCGAGAAAGAACGCGAUGUUGUCAUUCCGUUGAUAAUGCGUGGAUUUAAGGAUUCUGCCCUGGAAGCGGGAACGAGCGUUACCGGUGGUCACAGUGUUGUGAAUCCGUGGUGUACCAUUGGUGGAGUGGCCACCACCAUCUGCCAGCAAAACGAAUUCAUUGUGCCCGAUAAUGCCGUCGUAGGAGAUGUGCUAGUGCUGACGAAAGCGCUCGGCACUCAGGUCGCUGUUAACGCGCACCAAUGGUUAGACCAAUCGGAAAGAUGGAACCGUAUCAAACUCGUAGUUUCGGAAGAGGACGUCCGAAAGGCAUAUCACCGCGCGAUGGAUUCCAUGUCGCGAUUGAAUCGCGUUGCCGCGCGGCUUAUGCACAAGUACAACGCACAUGGUGCCACCGAUGUGACCGGGUUUGGGUUGCUUGGUCAUGCCCAAACGCUGGCUUCGCACCAGAAAAAUGAGGUGUCCUUCGUCAUCCACAACUUGCCUGUAAUCGCUAAGAUGGCAGCUGUUGCCAAGGCCUGCGGUAACAUGUUCCAGCUGUUGCAGGGCCACUCAGCGGAAACAUCCGGAGGAUUGUUGAUUUGCUUGCCGCGCGAGCAAGCUGCCGCAUACUGCAAAGACAUUGAGAAACAGGAAGGAUGCCAAGCGUGGAUUAUCGGCAUUGUUGAGAAGGGAAGCCGCACGGCACGAAUUAUUGAUAAGCCGCGGGUGAUCGAAGUGCCAGCUAAGGACUAAGAGAUUAUAAUUUUCUUUUUCAUUUCGUAUGGUAAAAAUUCAUUUACUUGUUAUGAAUAGUUUAUACCCGAUUUGAUUAUGAGAUAAUGAAGCAUUCUCAAACAUACUGAUAUCUGCUCGUUAUUUGGGCAAGUUGACACAACAGCAAAACAAUGGAUGUAACAUGCUUUGCAGAAAUUGAAUUGCUUUUGAUUAUUUGGAUAAAUACGUUGGGUAAAUAUUGCAAUAAAACACAGAUGAACUGAAAUGCAAUACGCUUGUGUAUCGCAUGCUGGAGGUAUAAUGUAAAUGCAAAUUAUAUGUACAUUUUUGUUCAGUGGUGUGUGAACGGAGAGUAUAUGCAUUUGAGGAAUCAACUCGAUCACUUUUAUUUGAAUGGCCCUUGGAAAGAUAAU